GAAGGGGUUAACAUCAGGGUUUACUUUCUCCGCCAGUGUGCCCUGACCUUGUUGCAGCAUGUGGAGUGGGUGCUUGGCAUUCUCACAGUACAGCUGUGGAACCUCUCACACUGCAGCACCAGCCCCUAUGGGUGGGGAUAUAAGGAGCAGCGGGGAGCAGCACACUCACGCCCGCCACUCUACACAGACAAAGAUGCUGAGGCUGUGGAUUCCUGUGGCUCUCCUUCUCUCCAGGAUUUGUGCUGAAGAUGAGCCCAUCUGCUUCCAGAGGCUGGGUUGCUUCCCGGUGGGUUACCCGUGGACCGGAAUACAGGAGAGACCCACGACCAGGGCUCCCUUGAGCCCCGAUGAGAUCGCCGCUCGCUUCCUUCUCUACACCAGGCGCAACCCCGACAACUUCCAGGAAAUCAGUGGGAUCAGUCCACAGACAGUCGCUGUGUCAAACUUCAAUACCCAGCACCGGACAGUCCUGGUGAUCCACGGGUACUUGGAAAAUGGUGACUCGCAAUGGACUGUGGAUCUGUGCAAGUCGAUUCUACAAGCGCACGACGUUAACUGUGUGGGGGUCGACUGGCGAGGGGGCUCCCAGUGUGUGUUCAGCCAGGCUGCCCAGAACGUCCGCGUGGUGGGAGCGGAAAUCGUCUACUUCCUUGAGGCACUGCAGAGUAACUACAACUACACCGUGUCAGACGUGUACCUGGUGGGGCACGGACUGGGUGCCCAUGCGGCCGGGGAGGCAGGCCGGAGGAAGACGGGCAUCGCCCGCAUUACAGGGCUGGAUCCCGUUGCCCCGUAUUUCCAGAACACCCCACUUGAGGUUCGCCUGGAUCCCACCGACGCCCUGCUCGUUGAUGUGAUUCACACGGACGGUUCCAUCCAGUCCCCCAGCAAAGGGUAUGGGAUGACAUUCCCUUGUGGGCACGUGGACUUCUACCCGAAUGGCGGUGAGAACAUGCCGGGCUGCUCCAAGAACCUGCUCUCCACCAUACUGGACAUGGAUGGGAUCUGGGAAGGCACAAUGAAUUUUCUCAACUGCAACCAUCUGCGAGCCGUUAAGUAUUUCACCGAGAGUGUUGGGUCACCGGACGGGUUUGUGGCCUUUCCGUGCGCCAGCGAGAAGAAGUUUCAGGCAGGGGAAUGCUUUGCAUGCCCAGCGGGAGGCUGCCCAUCCAUGGGGUAUGACAUGGGUGUGUAUCGCCCGGACCCAUGGCUCCUGCAUCAGACCUUCUACCUGAACACUGGCGAGUCCAGUCCAUACGCACUCUGGCGUUAUAACGUGUCGGUGAAACUCUCCGGCUCUCACUCGGUGUCAGGUCGCAUCAACAUUGCACUGUACGGCACCAAGGGCAUCUCUCGACAGCACCUCGUCACAAAGACCAAGCUCCACCCCGGGACCACCUACACCUCCCUUCUGGACAUGGAGUUAGACGUUGGAAACGUCACCAAAGUGAAGUUCCUCUGGGACAACAGUGUGGUCAACAUCUUCCGCCCUCAGCUCGGCGCUGAUAGCAUCACCGUGGAGCGAGGACGGGACCAGGCCAGGUUCCACUUCUGUGGGAAACAGAUGGUUGCUGAGGGUACCCUGCAAACUCUGAUGCCCUGUGCCCAGUAGAUGCAGUUCAGCCCAUCAGUGCUGCUGGUGACUGAGACCAAAAACCAGCUGGAAUUGACAGAGCUUCGAUCCUAACCCUUCAACCAAACAGACAUGGGCACAUGACCUGAAAGCAGACAGUCUCCUGUGGAAGAGAGGGUCUGACAGGGAGGGCCAUUUAAUAGCUGCCAAGUGGAUAGAUCAGAGCAACUGAGUCAAGAGACCCACUGCAUGACACAGGAGACCACAAACAACUCUCAGUUUGUAUCUGAUCUACAGACCAGUGUAAUAAAGCCUGUUUGCCCGUG